AUGCAAACAAUUCGACCAACACCGACGAAACGUCACUCUCGACGAUCAUACUUCAUUUUUAAUAAAAUUUUUGAUACGUCACAUGUAUUCGCAAGGGUAGAACAUUUAAAACAACCUCUGGAACAGCCAUAUGAAGAUCCAUUUCGCGUAAUAAAACAUAUUUCGGAUAACGUAUUUUUAAUUGAUUACAAAGGCAAAACUACUAUAUCGACGGAACGGUUGAAACCAACAUAUAUAGAAGAUACGGAAAAUGAAGAACCACGAACUUAUUCGCGAUUACAAGUAUCGUCUAUUCUCCCUAACGUGUCGAGUGACUUGGAAGAGGGUAUGUAGCGACGUCUAUUCCAACGACAUCUAUUUCUCAGCCGUCUCGUCGAAGAGUUCAUUUCAGAUAAAUUUACGGCGCCAACUGUGCGAAACUCGAAAACAAGAAAUCAUGUAAAAAGAUCAAUAUUUUAACAAAUUAUCAAGGAGCUGUUUAAUAAGUAUCAAGAAAACAUAACAAAUUACCGAAGAUGUAUAUAUAUAUAUAUAUAUAUAUAUACAUAUAUAUAUAUAUAUAUAUAGUAGUUGUUAAAGAAUAUAAUCGACAGUCUACAGUCAUCAUUAAAUUAUCAAUUAAAAGAGUAUAG